UAUAAGUAUCUUCAUCCCUCUGCUUGUGUCUAACCAUAACCGAGACAGAACGACAGAGAGAACAAACCUUACAGAUAGUGACAAGAUCUAGUUUGGCAGAAAGAAUUACCGUAACUAAUACAAACUAACCAAGAUACUCUGCAGAUCAAUAUGGUGAACAGAAUAUCCAUGAAGCUUUUUCUGACAUUUGGUUUCUGUCUGAUAACAGUAUCUGGCCAAGAAACUGCAAGAGCACAGCCAGAUGCCUUUUGUGAGCCCAAUAAGAUGUUUUACCCGUGCAAGCCGUGCCCCAAGAGCUGCGAUAAUGUGGAAAUCCCCUGCUUGAAGCUAUGCCAGCCCGAAUGUUAUUGCAAACCUGGCUACGUCCUGACAUCAUCAACUUCCAACACGUGUGUCCCUGAGACGCAGUGCACCUCCUGCGGCCCUAACGGGAGGUUCGAUGAUUGCAAUGCCCACUGCCAAGCCACCUGUGAAAAUUACAUGCAAGCAAACCGGGCCUGUCCCAUGAUGUGUGUCCCGGGCUGUGUGUGUGAACAGGGGUACGUCAAAUACAAUAAUGAGUGCAUCCGCCCCGAAUCAUGCCCAAAGAGGGGCCGUAACUUUAAUCCAUUACUGAGCAAACUACUGGCUGGAAGAUACACAAAGUGAAACAUACUAACUUUAUGUAUUUUAUUAAGAAUAUUAUAUUAAAUGUCCCUGUUUUAUAAUUUUUUGCUUUCAAUAAAUUAUAUUUAAACAUU